AUGGCGGACGUGUUAAGUGUCGGAGUGAACCUGGAGGCCUUUGCCCAAGCCAUUAGCGCCAUACAGGCGCUGCGCUCUAGCGUGAGCAGGGUGUUCGACUGCCUGAAAGAUGGCAUGCGGAACAAGGAAACACUGGAGGGCCGGGAGAAGGCCUUCAUUGCGCACUUCCAGGACAACUUGCAUUCGGUCAACCGGGACCUCAAUGAGUUGGAACGUCUGAGCAAUUUGGUAGGCAAGCCAUCUGAGAACCACCCUCUCCAUAACAGUGGGCUCUUAAGCCUGGAUCCUGUGCAGGACAAAACUCCUCUCUAUAGCCAGCUCCUUCAGGCGUAUAAAUGGUCAAACAAGUUGCAGUACCAUGCAGGUCUAGCAUCUGGCCUUUUAAACCAACAAUCAUUGAAACGUUCUGCUAACCAGAUGGGAGUAUCUGCUAAACGUAGACCCAAGGCUCAACCCACAACUCUCGUCUUACCACCUCAGUAUGUUGAUGAUGUGAUCAGCCGCAUUGACAGGAUGUUUCCUGAAAUGUCAAUCCACUUAUCUAGACCCAAUGGAACAUCAGCAAUGCUUCUGGUGACCUUGGGGAAAGUGUUGAAAGUGAUUGUCGUCAUGCGGAGCCUGUUCAUUGAUCGAACAAUAGUAAAGGGAUAUACUGAAAAUGUCUACACAGAAGAUGGCAAGCUUGAUAUAUGGUCAAAAUCCAACUAUCAAGUGUUUCAAAAGGUGACGGACCAUGCCACUACUGCCCUGCUUCACUAUCAGCUGCCCCAGAUGCCAGAUGUAGUGGUCAGAUCCUUCAUGACCUGGUUAAGAAGUUACAUAAAGCUAUUCCAGGCCCCGUGCCAGCGCUGCGGAAAGUUUCUGCAAGACGGACUUCCCCCUACAUGGAGGGAUUUCCGAACCCUCGAAGCCUUCCACGACACCUGCCGGCAGUGA